AUGAGCGUCGAAGAGGAUGUAAUGAAAAUACAAAAGAAAUUAACUAAGAUGACAUCAGAUGAUGGCACGGGUCAAGAGGAAGCUUUGGAACAGUUAAAGGCUCUACAAACUAUGGCUAUUAAUUUGGAUGUUCUCACUAAAACGAGAAUAGGCAUGACCGUUAAUGCAUUACGAAAAUCUAGCAAGGAUGAAGAAGUAAUAUCUCUUUGCAAAACACUUAUUAAAAACUGGAAAAAGUUUCUAUCUACACCAGCUACACCAUCUAAGGACUCUGGCAAUUCAUCUAAGCCUAAGAAGGAUUCGAGCAAAGAUAAAGAGAAAAAAGAUGACAAAGAAAAAGAUAAAAAAUUACCAGCAUCAUUCCCACCACAAUCAAAUACAACUGAUGCUAUAAGGCUUAAAUGCAGAGAACUAUUAACUCAAGCAUUAAAAAUUGAAGGUGAAACUCCUAAUUCUUGUGCUACACCUGAAGAACUUGCCGAGGAAUUAGAAGAAUGUAUCUAUGCAGAAUUUAAAAACACUGAUAUGAGAUACAAGAACAGGGUACGAUCUAGAGUAGCCAACCUUAAAGAUCCAAAAAAUCCUACAUUAAGGACUAAUUUCCUUAAUGGAGUAAUUGCUGCUUCGCGUCUUGCCAAAAUGACACCGGAAGAAAUGGCAAGUGAUGAAAUGAAAAAAUUACGAGAGAAAUUCAUUCAAGAGGCCAUUAAUGAUGCUCAACUUGCAACUGUUCAGGGUACUAAAACAGACAUGCUCAAAUGUGGAAAAUGUAAGAAGAAGAAUUGUACAUACAACCAACUUCAAACGAGGAGUUCUGAUGAGCCUAUGACAACUUUUGUUCUUUGCAAUGAAUGCGGCAAUCGCUGGAAGUUCUGU